AUGGCGGAUUCGACACCCACCCAGAACCCCCAAGCCACCGGUAGUAGCUGGACCGCUUUCUUAAAGUCCAUCGCCUCUUUCAACGGAGACCUUUCUAGUCUGACCGCUCCGCCCUUUAUCCUCUCCGGCACCAGUCUGACCGAGUUCAGCUCGUACUGGUGCGAGCAUCCCUCACUCUUUGCCGCGCCCGCCAAGGAGUCGGACCCUGAGAAACGCGCCCUCCUCGUGCUCAAAUGGUUCAUUUCCACUUUGAAGCAGCAAUAUGCCAGCCGCAGCGAGCAGUACGGUAACGAGAAGAAACCUCUCAACCCUUUCCUCGGGGAGCUAUUCCUGGGCAAAUGGGAGGAUGAGGCCGGUACUACGGAAUUGAUCAGUGAACAAGUCAACCACCACCCGCCAGCCACGGCCUACAGCAUCACAAAUCUACCUACCGGCGUUCAUUUACAGGGGUACAAUGCACAGAAGGCCACCUUUAGCAAGACCAUCAACGUCAAGCAAAUCGGACAUGCGGUUCUGACGGUUCCAAUUCCGGGCUCCACCCCGGAGGCUCCGAAGAAGGAGACCUUCUUGAUCACGCUCCCCUCCCUUCACAUUGAGGGAUUGAUUUUUGGCUCUCCUUUUGUGGAGCUCGACGGAGCAACGUACAUCACGUCGUCCUCGGGCUACACAUGCAAAAUCGACUACAGCGGCAAGGGCUGGCUGUCGGGCAAGAAGAACAGCGUCACGGCUGUCAUGUAUCCGACAGGCAAGGAGAAGGAUGUCUUGUACAACGUUACUGGCCAGUGGACCACGACGUUCGAGAUCCAUUCGGGCCCUGCCAAGCAAAACAAGCCCUCGAACCUGGUUGAGACUUAUAUCGCCUCGGAGCACCCCUGCAGCAAGUUGAUAGUCGCGCCCAUUGAGCAGCAGCACCCUCUUGAGUCGCGCCGGGCGUGGGCCAAGGUUGCGGCGGCGAUUGCAAGGACAGACCUUGAGACGGUGCAUGUUGAGAAGAGUAAGAUCGAGCAGGCGCAGCGCGACCUGCGCGCCAAGGAGAAGGCCGAGGGUCGCAUGUGGCAGCGACGGUAUUUUUCGAUCCGGACAGACGCGCCGGACGAGGUGCUGACGUCGCUAGGUCCCGUCGUCGGGCUGGCCACGCACGGCGACUCGGACAGGACAGGAGGCCUCUGGAGGUUUGACGAAGCCAAGGCGGAAAAGGUUAAGAAGGAGCCCAAAUUGACUCCGGAGCAGGAGGCCAAGCUUGCGAAAGAAGUUCUUGGACAGUGA